UUAUUUUAGGCGGUAGCACUGAUGUCACAUGAAACAAGAUGACACCACUCUAAAAAGCUUGUCUUACGUCCGUAUUGACACUUACGUACAUGGACGUGCUUUCCAUACUUAGUAAACUUGAGACUCUACAUUAUAAUUCACAAAAAUCCUGAAUAUUUGCCUUGUAAUUUGAGAAAAUUAGAAUAUAUGGCAUGUCCGAUAAUGGGAGCGGGACAUUUAGCACACGUGUGUUAACCGCGGACCACCGAGAGAGCUAGCCGAUGGCGCUACAUCUCACUUUGCGCAAUAUAGCGGCGGUAAAUUUACACAAGUGUAUGAAAAUGAAUGAUAAAUAUAUGUAUUGAUCCGGGGACAACACGCGGACACGUUCUUGUUCAUGUCGUGACGCAAAUAAGUUUCUAGGAAGUGGAGUGAGCUCAACAAAGCGGAGAUGGCGUAUGGCUGACUGCCGCACUCUGCCCUCUGCUGACUGUGGGUGGACACGGCAACUCCAGCACGGUCAAAAAUGUCAGUGGGCUCCAUGACGACACAGAGGUCUCACAGGAGUAAGCGUGGUUUGCUGGAGCUGGCCGGGGCCAUCAAAUGCAGCACUGGGAGGUCAGCCUUGUCCUACAUGAUGUACGGCUGCUACUGUGGCCUAGGAGGGAACGGCUGGCCUAGGGAUGAAGCAGACUGGUGUUGCCACAAACAUGAUUGCUGUUAUGGAGAGGCUGAAGCAUACGGCUGCGGUACCAAAACAAGGGGCUAUCACUGGAGCUGUGAGGACAGGAAAGCUGAAUGUGAGGACCCAAAGGACAAAUGUGAAAAGAUUCUGUGCAAAUGCGACAGAGAGGUUGCAAAAUGUUUAGGAAAAGCUCCGUUCAUCAAGAAAUAUGCCAUGUGGCCAGACUUUAUGUGUGGACAAAAACAGCCUAUGUGUAGUAUUUACUGAUGCAAAAAACCCAGCUACCUGAAUACCAUCUGUGCCUUUGUACAAUGUACAGCAAUAAAUUCAUGUCUUUUUUAAUGAUAUGUUGUAUUAUCAUUAUAUAACACUUAUUCCUUAUUUUUCAAAAUGAAAUUGUA